GCUACCAUCCUCGCCUCCUCACCACUACUUUGUACACAGACAGCACGGUGAUCCCCCUUCUCUACACUGUUGGUGAUCUCAGCUUCCUCCAAGUAUCACUCGCGGCUCUUUUCGACCCAACACGAGAAGCUCAGUAGUAGCCUCCUAUCAUCACUGCUGCAUGCUAAAUUGAUACUCGCUACGACGUCUACUCAGCAUAUAUCGCCGGGCGCAGGCGUCCGCCUCAAGCUGACGUCAGUACUGACAGUAGCCUGAGUCCUGUUGCAAUCCCACUGCCUAGGGUUGGGCUCAGCCAUGGCAGAUGGACUGGCAGAAGCCUGUGUGCCAGAGCAGAGCGACAGCAGUGGCAAGAGGGGCAAGAGGAGCAGCAUACAGGGUUCAGACCAGUUUCACGAUACCACUGGGCCUCAAUCAUCAGCUCAACAUCGUCGGAGGAGUAGCGUGCAGAUGAUUUUCAGGACCAACUCGCGGUCAAGUCAAGCCGGCCCGUCUACUCUAGAUCGGGCCGGACAGGUCCUCACUCAGGAUGCUCACUACGCAGAUGAAGCAUCACCCUAUCCAUCGACUACUGACUCAAGAUCUGCCAGUCUAUCUAGAAGAGAUCAUUCGCGGGCUCCUCAGCCUCGACCGGCGACAAUGGCUACAGCAGGGCGCACUAGCCAGGGAGCAACCCCACCGCAGAGCGAACGUACGCCACAACGACCUCCGCGUCCACCUCCCAAUUCCUGGCUCUCGAGGUCAUCAAGUAAGACAUUGGGUAGAAAAAGAUCAGGGUCUUUAGGUCUCAAAGACGAAAUGGCGACGGCCCCACCUCCGGACGAUGCCUGGCCUCUUGCCCUCAGUCGCACUCUUAGCUCAUCUUCGUCCAAGUCUGAGGUGGCAGCUUCCAAUAGCUCACCCCAUCGGCCCAUGUCUGGCCCUUGGCCUCGCUUUGGGGUAACCAUGCACCGCAGAGGCUCCAGCCCCCUCGAGAGCAGCGCUCACUCGCCUUUUGCGAAUUCGACCAGGCAGUCAUCGUCUCCCCGCCCUGUCUCCUCUACUGCCAGGAGGUCAAGCACGCUCGAUGCAUUGCCGAAGAGGAUCGAAGAGGGCGAGCCUGAGUCUCUCAUUGAAGGUCGUUCCUUCACCGGCGCAAAUGGAGGCAGCAGAGCUAUCGGCAAUUCCAUUGCUGUUGAUUCGGCUAAUUUCGAAGGGAAGAGGGCACCUGGUGCCAAGAAGGCAGCGAAGCUAUUGAGGAAGAUCCGUAGUCGUACUCUGUUGCCGGAAGAGGAUGUGGGCAGUGGUGCAACGGCAAGUACACCAAACCAUACCAGCGUCAACGCAUCCACGGAGAGUCUGGUCAGUACAAGUACCCGCGACUCUUCGCUGUCUGCGAAGGGGCGUUGGGUGAACAAUGCAUUUGACAAGGCCAUACCCAAUUGGAUGGCCAACAAAUCGAGGAGGGAGUCGACGUCUUUGUAUCCAGAAGGCCAGAAUACAGACUCGCCGGUGCCUUCGGAUGCCGCUAUGAGGCGGUUCAAUAGUCCUCGCACGCUCGAAGCAUCGCUACAAGGGUCGAUCGACUCGGAGAGGGAGAACCGAGAAGUGCUUAGCAAUGAGACCGAACAGGGUUUGCCCACACGUCUCUCAGGCUGGUUCAUGAAUGUCCUAGGAACCGAUUCUGUUCAGGCAAAAGGCCUCAGGAAGAAUGAGAGGCUCAAUGGAGACGUCGAUUCACGGGAUGGAUCUCCGCAACUGGGGGAACAGAGGAUUGAAGGUGGUGAUGGCGGCAGCAAAGGCAAAGUGGUGGGUCGUAAGACUAGCAUACCUUCCCUCAACCACGCCAGUCUCCCCAAAGCGGCGCCAAAGGCAUCCGGGAUUUUGGCGAACUUUUCCUCGUCGGCCCGAGCUCGAGCAGCGGCAGCAACGGGCGCAGUCGCCGCUACAGCAGGCCUGGACCUGUUGGCUGGCCCUGAACAAGAGGACAUCUGGCUGCUUGGUGUACGACAUGGCCCGAACGUUCUUGAAAGUACCUUCAGACGACCCAGCGGUGCACCUACGAACCAAGGCCCGGACAGCAUCCAUGAUGUCGGUCCAGAGGGCACGACCGUAGACCCGUCGAGCGGUAGCAGGCGCCAUGCGUUCAAAGACGACGUCUCACCCUCUCUCAAAGUUGAUGACUCAGGCAUCCGGCGACAGCGUUCGGGGUCUAUGAUGGACGAUGGCGGCUCAACGAAUGGAUCUGACCGCAGCAAUUGGCAAGCUGAAUUUCAGCUGGAUUUUAGCUCACGCAUUUGGUGUAGCUACCGCAGCCAGUUCCCACCUAUUGCUCGCGACGGAGUCAUUUCUGAAGCCGCUGCCAGCGCAGCUGCUAUGUCUGCAGCAGCAGCUUUGGAGUCUCAGGGAGGCAACCGAUUGCCUCAUGCAGCAUCCCUGACGUCGGCUGACACAACCACCCUUUCGGACAGCCAGGUCUCUACCGGCAGUAUCAACAGUAGAGGUGGCUGGCUCGGCAAGAAGCUCGGCGAGGUAGGCGCCACAGGCGAGAGUCUAGUCAACAAUUACGCCUUGGGCAGCUCGCUACUUCCUUACUCGUCAUCGCAAGCCAGCACCCCAGGUCCAUCUCCUGAUGCAAGCUCUACCACCAUGAGCCUCAGCGAGAAGAUGGGUAUCACUGGGAUCUGGGGACGAGCCACUGCAGCCGUGCAAGCAGCUGGGCUUGCAGGUCGCUCAGGUCUUACGACAGAUGCUGGCUGGGGCUGUAUGCUUCGAACAGGACAAAGUCUCCUCGCCAACGCCCUUAUCGAAGUACAUCUAGGGCGACAGUGGAGACGAACCUCGCCAUACUUUCGUCAAGCUGAAGAGUACGAAGACGAUCCUAGUCUGCAGCAGAAGAGGGUUCGUGCGACGUAUGCCCAAAUACUGAGUUGGUUCAUGGACGACCCAAGUAGUGCGUGUCCCUUUGGCAUUCACCGAAUGGCGCGCGAAGGCAAGAGACUGGGCAAAGAAGUCGGGGAAUGGUUUGGCCCGAGUACAGCCGCUGGAGCUAUCAAGAGGUUGAUCGAUGAGUAUCCACGAGCAGGCCUCGGCGUCUCUUUAGCCAGUGAUGGUGUAGUCUACCUGAGCGAGGUCAAAGCAGAGGCCAAGGCUACGAGCCGGCUCUCGACAAUGACGGUGACGGAUCAAAGUGCCUCGUCCUGGCAAAGACCUGUCUUGAUUCUUAUCGGACUCCGACUCGGACUCGAAGGAGUCAAUGCUAUGUAUCACGAGGCGAUCAAGGCGAUCUUUGCCUUCCCGCAGAGUGUUGGUAUCGCAGGUGGAAGGCCAAGCUCUUCAUACUACUUUGUUGGUCAGCAGGGAGACUCUCUCUUCUAUCUCGAUCCCCACACUGUGCGGCCGGCGGUACCGUACCGUCAUCCACCUCCCAACGUCGGCGUCGCGUCCUCACGCGAUCUCACGCCCCGAGGGGGGGAGCGUGGUCAAGAUACUUUUCAGGACGAGGACGAUUGGUGGUCGUCUGCCUAUACCGACUUGGAGCUGGCAACGUUCCAUUGCGACCGCGCCAAGAGAAUGCCAAUGCGAUCACUGGACCCCUCGAUGCUACUUGGAUUCCUGGUCAAAGACGAAGCUUCACUGGUAGACUUUACCACGCGCGUGAGAGCGCUGCCCAAGGCUAUCUUUGCCAUUCAGAAUGAGCUGCCGAGAUGGAUGAGGGGAGACGAUGAGGAUGACUUUGGCGGAUCCGAAGGUGAGGCAGCUCCUUCUCUUGAGAGCUUCUCCGAGAGUUCGUUUGCUGCAGAUGAUGAUGAUGAACCUCAUGGAGACGCAGGAAGCUCGAUGCUCUACUCUUCCGAGAAGACUGAAGACAAGGGUAACGACAGGGAAAAGAGCAGCGAGGCUUGUGACACCGAGACUCUCGAUGAGGGGUACCAAUCCGAUGCGACCCGUCCCAUUGGCAGAGGUCCAGCACGGCUGCCAGACAUUCAAGUCUCGUCGAGCGCAAUCGGUAGCCGACUGGCUGGCCCGGCUUCUCUAGCCAUGGAUGGUCUUCGACAGAUCUUCCCAUCGAUGCGUGCCCCCUCGUCAGAGCAGGAGCGGACUGAUCACCCAGGCAAUAGCAGUACGGAGGCUUCGCAAUCUGCGGAACACAGUUCGCUCCGCUCAGACAGUCAACAAGACCUCGAGACGCCCCGCUUUCAGUCCGAUCUGCGCUUCCCUUCGGCAACUUCUACGUCCACUGCCAUCUCCCCUGGUCACAAGCUCCCAAUUGUCCAGUCGAUGCCUCGCUCGGGAAGCGAGCACUUCCUCUCGAUCUCUAGUGGUGUAGGGAGUGAGGCCAAUGGUGCAAGUGCGACUGGAUCUGCGCGGCGGCCAUCCUCGCCUUCGACAGUUGCUCCAUCGAUGCAAGAUAUCCAAAAGGAAUACGACCAGCCUUCUUCUUCCUCUUGCCCUCCACGGACAGUAGCGACAAGCUCGCGCAAUGCUUCGGAGACUGUGCGUCCCUCCCUAUCCUCGGCUGCAGACACCACCUUCGGCACCUCGUGGGAGGAAGUAAGUCCUCAUCCCCUCGAAAGACGCUCCUACCCUCAGGGGGACAUUGUGCACGAUCUCUCCACACCGCGAGCAGAACAGCAAGACAUCUCGGGCGACACCUCAUACUUGUCACUUGGCACCCAGCAGCAUCAGCAGCAGCAGCAGCAGCAGCAGGGACGGCGGCCACGGCACGAGCGGGGGAGCGAGUCCUACGUAGAUCUAGGUCCGAGAGGGUCUUCCCAGACGAUUCCUGCCGAACGGUUGGACCAGGCCUGGCGAGAGCGGGUGGGAGCGGAAGAUGGAGAAGGCGGAGAGAGGCGGCGGAGGAAUGGGGAGCGGGAGGAGGAGGACGCAGAAGAUGAAGGCUGGUCCCCUCUGCCGCCUACAUUCGAUGAGGAGAGGUGACCCUUUAGGCCUCUGGGAGAGGGAUAAGGAAGGGAUUUUGACGACCUAUGCUGAGAGGUAGGCAUGGUGUGUAUCCGUGUGUGGCUACCUCUUCCUGUCCACCCUUGGACUAUCCUCAUGGCGAGUCGAAGAAACGCCUGGUAUUAUAUCGCUUCAUCUCUCACAAACACCUGCGUGACUGUUCAUGUGUGGACGGACAUUAUGGCAAUGACAGUGGCA